AUGGAUAAUAUAGACAAAUCUUUUCAGGAAGAACCGCCUGGAGGUAAGUUUAUUGGCAUAUUUUGCCGUGGAAUGUAUAAAUAAUUCGCUUGUUGUGAUUGUAUUUAUAGACUGUGAUGUACUCACUACUCAUGGGUAUGUUAAAGUUAUAAAAUUAGCUCAAACAUAUGUCUUUUGUUUGCAGAAUUAUCUGAUGACGAGCUUAACAUAUCGUUUCAGCAACUUGAUGUUGAUGGUAUUAAAUUUUAAUACAUAGCCUAUCUGUUUAUAUAUUUAUUUGAUAAUGUACAUUCCAUCAUGCCAUUUUUUAUUUUUAUUUAUGUAUUUUUCCCUAUGUACAGCUAUGUUAAUAUUUACAAAUAUUUUCUAAUAAUAUUGGGCUAGGGACCUACUAGGAACCCUAACAGGCUUUUUAAUUUAAGCCCCUAGUUACAGUUCAUUGAAACCAUCAUACUGUACUAUACUUGCAUCGUUAUAUUUAUAAAGAAUCUUAAUUAUAAUUAUAAGAGGUAAGAAUAUUUCAUUAUUUGAUAUAUUUCAAAAUGCAAUAUAUUUCAAUAUGCUUAUUUGUAUGUAACAAAUUUGCAGAAUGUGAUGAUGACAUACCAACUACACCCCCACAUUCUCCACAAGAUUGCCAUGAAAGCCCGAGGACAAUUCGUACUCGAGCAGAGAAACAUGCUCUAACACCCGAGUCAAAAGCUGCUGCCGAGUCUAAACCCAAACGAUUAGCAGGUUUGUUAAUUUAUGUAUAUAACAGUACUUUGUCACUAUAUCUCUGAAACAAAUAGACACAUUCCUGUAGACCAUUUUCAUAAUUUAGACUAAUUUAAAUUUUUUUAUCUUUAAGUUAAUAAGCCUGGUUUUGUUUAGGUUCAAAUAUUCUUCACAUUUCCAGUCAUACAAAUGAGGCCAAGAAGGAUUAUUAAGAUGACAUAAAAGUGAUAAAAGAAUAUUUACUGCCAUUUGCCUUCAAGCUUGCAGCGUGCGAAUUUUUUCACGUUUGUUUACGUUUUAAACAUAACGUUCCAGGAGCCCGGUAAUUACGCCCUUUUGACCAAUGAAAGUGACCGUUUGAACCAUGCAACGGUUAUUAUUUGUUACAUAAUAUGUCAUGUUUUGUUAAAUUCCAAUGACGUUUGUACAUUUUUAUGCUGUAAAUCCCUGAAAUUCAGCUACAAAAUGUAAGUAAUUGAUUGUACAGUAUUUAGAAUCACGAGAAUACAAAAAUAAAAGUAUAUUCUUGCUUCCACAAUCAAUAAUUUUAUAUUUUCAAACGAUUUCAUUUCAUCUGCCAAACGGGCGUGAUAACGUUUGAAACGUUACGUUUGAAACAUAAACAAAUGUGAAAAAAUUCGCAUGCUGCAAGCUUGAACGCAAAUGGCAGUAAUGGUCUAAAUUAUGAAAGUGCAUGGUCUAUGACAGCUGUCAGUAUUUAUACUGUCAAAUAAAAAAUAUGUGCAAAUAACUUUUCACCAGAAUGUUUCAAACUUUGCAGCGUUGUUGUGAAGUUCAAAAGUUUAUAAUAAAACAUCAGAUUGGCUACUAGAGAAAUUGUAGCCAUUCAAUCAAAUGCAGAGUUUACAAACUAUGGGUAAUCAACUAUAACAGUGAUGUGAAAUACUUUGUUAUUUUACUCUGUCUAAUGCCAGAUGAUUUUUACUCAAGGGAGGAUCAAUAGUUUUCAAUUGUAUUUUAUAGCAUAUAACCUGUCUAGUCACCAGUGUAAUGAAAGGAGGCAAUUAUUGUCAAAUGAGCUGGAAUACCUUGUGCAGUACAAGGAAGAUCCAAAUGCACAUAUCAAACAAUCGUUGUUGAUGGUAUGCUCAACCUGGAACCUAAAGAAAAGAGUCUCCUUACCAGAACUGUUAAAGCGACUUUUCCAAAUAGUACCAAGAAGAUCAUUAUGGUUGACCGUGAAUCAAUGUAUCCUAUUGUAUGAUUAAAUAAUUAGUUUUGAUCUUAAAUAAUUAGUUUUAAAAUGAUUUUUCAAGUUGUGCCAAAAUAUUGUUGUAAGUUUGCUAAUAGUUCUUACUAGGCUAUACAUAUAUACAGAAUGUUUUAUAUCUAUAUGUGUUAUUUCAACUUCUUAAAAUUUGUGCCAAUUUAAUGCAUGUCAUAUUUUAUGAGAUUUAUUUAAAUUCACGAAAUAAUAUUUUUCUUGACAUUCACCACAGAGUUGUUUAUACCAAUCUUCUAAUAAAAUCAUAUGGCAGAUCAAAUCCUUUGGUAUCUAAAGAAUUAUUUAAAGAAGAUAACAAAGACAUCUUAGUGAUACAAGAUCAGAUUAAAAACAUGGAACAAUGCUUAUUAAAAGAUGAAGAAAAUAUUGAUUCAGCAUUGGAUGCUAGUAAUAUGGAUCUAGCUAAAACACUUUCAGUUAAACACUGUUUAAACUUACAAAAUUAUUUCAAAUUCCAUGCAGCAUUGGUUACUUUGUAUCAACAUAAAAUACAAAAGCUUGAAGAUAGUCAGGGAGAUGGUCCAAUAAAUUUGUCUCAAAAAGGACAAAUUGCAAAAGAAAUGAAAGUGAUGGAGGAUAUCUGUUGCAUUGGGCUGAAAGCAGGUGGUGAUGGUGAUCAUGUUGAAAGUGUUAGUGAUAUGAACAUUUUUGCUGAUUUGUUGCUUAAUUUUGAGGAGAAAUGUCCACUUCUGCAUAGUGUUCUAGAAACACUUUUAGUCACUGAUUCUAGAAGAAGAGUUCAUAAAACAGCAGAAUAUAAAUUGACAUGUGGUGUAAAUGCUCUUGCAUUAUUACCGAGUGUGAGAGAGUGUGACUACUUGGUCUAG